CAUAUGGCGGUUCCUGUCGAAACGGUGGAAAAUGUAUCGCUGUCACAAAAAGCGAUCCAGGAAUUCCCGGACCAAUCCAUCAGUGCAGCUGCCCUCCUGCGUGGAAGGGUGAUGUAUGUGAGGCAAGCGCUUGAUCUUGUCCGUUUUCUUCACAUUGUCCAAAAGCAUGUACCGAAUGACCCGUGCAAUGUGCAGACCAUUAAAGAGAUCUGUGCCUCCUUUCCCUGCGUGCGGAGUCCGUCCAGCUUGAUCCACGGAUUCGAGUGUAUUUGCCCCAUCGGGUAUCGUGCGAAGAGUCAGGCAGAGCCGCAAUGUGUGAAUGUGGACGAGUGUAGCACCGAUUUCAAGAUCAAGUCAAACUUCGGCGAAGACGUCUGUAUGAACGGGGGUAUUUGCAUAGAUCUGAUUCCAAAUCCCGAUCAAGCUAUGAUCUUGGGAAAGGCCAGCAAAAAUCGUCAUAACAGCGAGAAUCUGUAUGGAUUUAAGUAA